AUGGUCUUCAUCAUUAUAUUAUUAUACAUCUCGGCGACAGUCUUCUUGGCCUUUAACUGGGCUUAUGUUGUCUACGCUUAUAUCAAGGACGGAGAAACUUGUGUUACCGUAUUGCAGUCUCCCCAGGCACAGGCGUUUCGUUGGGUAUCUGGAAUCACAUCUGGCAUCAUUGAUACUGAUAUUGCCGACACCAUCAUGAUCUGGCGCUGUUGGAUAGCCAGGGAGGCACGGCAUUCAAAGUUCCCUACCUUCACAUACACCACUAAAUCCCCCCCGCAGUUUUUGGCUGCUUUGCUUUACACGAUGAUCUAUAUGUACCUUUUGUUCUCUUUGGGGACUACGUUGUUAUGCACCACUUUCAUUAUCUUCCGUAUCGUUACUAUUAAGAGAUCUACAGAGGGGACUAGUGCUGCGGCGCGCGCCUACCGUGGUAUCGUCGAAAUCCUGGUCGAGUCCGCCUUGCUCUAG